CACUAAUGUAACAAUAAAUAAAUAAGAAACGAUUAUGAUAUGAUUAAUAAUGCUCUUUAAUUUUGUUGGGUAAGCAAAAUGUUCGAUUAUGAUAGCAUGAGCUGGAUCACCUUUAGAACCAUAUAGGAAGCACAUAAAAUGAAUAUUUUUCUUUAUAGAUUAAUGGUAACAUGAAAUGUACAUCAUUUUUAAUAUAUGGAAAGAGACGAUUAAUGGAGAGAAUAUCUUCUGCAAGUGGUUGAAUAAUUGUUCAGCUUUGGAAAGUUAACAUUAGUGGCAAAAUAUUAAGAUAUAGAAUAUAAUUAAAUUAUUUCCCAAUAGUUCAUAUAUAUUUUUUGUUAAAAUAGGAGAGUAGUGCAGCCAAAUUUAAUGGUUGAGGAUUAGGAUGGAGAUUGAGAAACCAUAAAAGCUGUCAUGUUAAAAUGGGAGUCAACCGUUUACCGGAAGAACAAGUAAACCCCACUGCCCUCGACAGCAGAAGAGACGCUCCGGAAAAUCUCAUUAAAACCGGGAUUUCCAGUCAUCCUAUCUCCUCUAUAUUUAUAUAAAGAAGCCCAUGAUUUUCCCUCUCGUUGUAGAGAGAGAGAGGGAUGACGUCGUUUCGAGGUCCGGAGAUGAAGACGGAAGCAUCAGCCAUGGCGGCGGCGCCGGCCGACGAGCCCGACUCGAUGCCCGAAUACCCAUCGUCGCCCUCCACCUGCUGCUUCUGCAUCCCCGCUUCCGCGCCCGCACGCCGCCCCCGCCGCCCCCGGGCAGUCCUACUGGGAGCGGGUGGGAUCGGGCGGCCGCCGCGGGGCGACGGCGGCGACGGCGGCGUGUGGUCGCGCGGGCUCCGGGCCCUGAAGAAGCUCCGCGAGUGGUCCGAGAUCGCCGCCGGCCCCAGGUGGAAGACCUUCAUCCGGCGGUUCAACCGGAAGGCGCACCGGCAGGGGCGGUUCAACUACGACCCCCUGGACUACGCCCUCAACUUCGACGAGGGCCAGGGCGAGGACGCCGACGAGGAGGGCGGCGAGGGCGGCGGCGGCGGGUUCCGGAACUUCUCCGCCCGGUACGCCGCCUUGCCCGGCGGGGCCAAGUCAGCGCCGGCGCCGGCGCGGGCGGUGGAUCUAGGGAGGGUGGCGGAGGUGCCGGUUUUCGCGUAGCGGGGAGGCGCAGGCCCGGCUAAUUUUAGGCGAACCGUGAGCGGAGAUCGGCUGGCGUGCUCCGGCGUGCUGGUCGACGUUGCCGGCGCGGAUCAUGCGGCGGUGCCACCUCUUUUUGCUGUUUAGAAAUUCUUCAGAAAGAUAGGAUUUUUAUUAUAUUGAAAAGAUCACUGUCAGCGUAGCGUGCAUAGAUGAUGAGAUGACGUUAAUGUCUGUAUAGAGUUUGGGUUUGAAAGUACUUGUUGGGAGUAACUUUUAUUUGUGAUGAUACAAAUGUUGUCGAAUUCAUUCGAGGAUUGAUCAAUUUCAAUGAAUAAAUGAGGCAAAACCAAAGUCCCCUUUUCUC